GGCGCAGGCGGCCUCGGCCCGGCCGCUCGGAGAUGGCGGCGCCGCUGGGAGGCAUGUUCUCGGGGCCGCCGUCCGGGCCGCCGCCGCCCCCGCCGGGGCUGCUGGGCCAGGCUUCGCUUCUCCAGGCCGCGCCAGGCGUCCCCCGGGCUUCCAGCAGCACCCUGGUGGACGAGCUGGAGUCGUCGUUCGAGGCUUGUUUUGCUUCUCUGGUGAGUCAGGAUUAUGUCAACGGCACAGAUCAGGAAGAAAUUCGAACUGGUGUUGAUCAGUGUAUCCAGAAAUUUCUAGAUAUUGCGAGACAGACAGAAUGUUUUUUCCUACAAAAAAGAUUGCAGUUAUCUGUCCAGAAGCCAGAGCAAGUUAUCAAAGAGGAUGUCUCGGAACUGAGGAACGAAUUACAACGGAAGGAUGCUCUGGUCCAGAAGCACUUGACAAAACUGCGACAUUGGCAGCAGGUGCUGGAGGACAUCAACAUGCAGCACAAAAAGCCAGCCGACAUCCCUCAGGGUUCCCUGGCCUACCUCGAGCAGGCGUCUGCAAACAUCCCUGCACCGAUGAAGCAGACCUGAGGAAAAGCCUCCCGAGCACGAGCAGGUGGCUGAGUCGGCCCAGGCCCAGUUUUGCCAAACAUCACUUUCUGUAGACACGACGUUCGGGGAGGACUCUUUGCCAGAGAAUGAGAUGAUUUUAGUUUUGUGCUCUCACCUAAAAAUUUCCUCCUGUUUUUAUAGGCGUUAUUUCUGGAGUACUUUAUAAAAUGCUUAUUGCUUUGGUAAACCAAGUAUGUUGUCUUGUCUUUACCAAAGUUUGACUGUUAGUGUGAUGUUGUGUACAGAUUCCUUUUUAUGUUUUGGUGUUUUUUUGUUUUGUUUUUUUUGUUGCUUGUUUUUAUUAUUUUUAUUUUUCUAUGACUUAAUCUCUUUGUGUUUCCGGUUUUAGAUUAGUUUGUAUGACCUGAGGGGAACAGCUUGUGUGAUGUGACCUGCAUAUCAAAGGGUGAGGAUUUUCAUUGCAGGCCUUUUAUGAUAAUUUACCCAUCGGUGGCAGUAUAUAAAAAUAGGUAAAUUUGCUGUUUUUCAAGACUUUGAACUACCUCAAGGAGAGGAGUCUCCUGCGGCAGUGUCAUAACACUGCCAGAGCCUCAGCGGGAAGGUGCUUUGUGAACAGGCUGGAAGAGGAUUGUAGUAUCAUAGGUUAGUGUGGUGACUGUUAACUGUAUUGCAGGAACCUAGUGCUGCAGGAAUCCAGUAGUCUCCUUCAGUUAAUGCUGAGUUUGACUUGGGGUAAGUUUCUGUUUUGUGUAGUGUUUACUUACUUUAGGGGGUGCCGGGAUCUGCAAUGUGCUUGUGAUGUUCAUUUCUGCAAUAAUCAGUUUAAGUAACGGAGUGGACGCUGCUCUCAGUAGGGGCAUAGGUGAAGUGUGAGGCUUAAAGCUUGCUGUGAUCAUCUCUGAGUUUUGAGUUUUGUUUGCUCUGCUGUUUGGAGCAGAUUUUUCCAUUAACGAAGGUUCUUGCUCAUGGAUGGUGUUGAUUCCAAGGGACUGAGGCCUCGAGGUGGGAAGUUGACUGCAGGGUGCAUGGGAGACUCUGUGUUUGGGAAGAUGUUUUCCCCUCUGUCAGUCACACAGGCCACCUCAGAUUCUCUGUUGGACUGCUGUUGAGAAAUGCAGACCAGCAUUGUGCCUGGUCUCCUUGGAUGAGGCUUUGCUUUCUCUGCUGUUUACCUUUCCUCAUGAGGUUACACCCCUUCACGCUCAGCCAGUGCUGCACUGUCUUCUGAACAGGCAGUACUUCUGUGACUCAGUGUCUUGGCGCACUUGCUUUUCUCCAGCCUUGAAGGCCCUGCCCCACCCACCUGGACAUCCACUCAAGUUCCCGUCUGGCCUGGUCGCCGCCUGCUCUCUGCAGCCUCCAAAGGCCCUCUCUGCCAUGACCCCGGGGACACAGGACUGCUUGUCUCUUCUGCCAGCCUUACCAGGUUCUCCCUCUGGGGUUAGUGAUCUGUCUCUUUGUUCCUUGUGAGAAAUAGGCAUUAUUCUCCUCUGAAUAUACAGGGACCACUUACUAUUUUUUAUACAUAAUAACUUAGUACUUAUUUUUGUUUGUAUGUGUAUGGUACACAGGCGGAGGCCAACAGAUUUGCUCAAUCAGGGUAUAUAGUUAUAGCUUUUAAAAGUUGUUUUUAAUCACAUUAUCUAAUUUCAAGGUUGUUAACCUGGUCAUCUUGUACCAAUCAGAAGCUCUGAUUGGCAGCUUUAGAUUUCUUGAUUAAAAACCUAACUAAACUGAUUACAUUUUAGACAUUCUUUCAGUAAUAAAGACAUUCUUAGUGAAAAAUUCAAAAACUAUUCUGUUUUGUGCUUGGUAAAAAUAUUUUGAAUUAACAUGUGUACCAGUUAUAUGCCAUUUCUUUACUAAAUUCAAAAGUUUUCUGCCAAAUAAAUAACAUUUCACUUUUUUCUGUUUGUAUAUAUCCUUUUCCUUUUUAGUAACACUUGGUGGUUGACAAACAGAAGACCCUCUAGGAUGCCUUCUCCUUCAAGGAGAAAAUAAUGAGCCAUCUGCUGGGCUUUACCUCACCUUCCCUCUGGGGAUGACCCCGCCCCCCACAUCUUCAGGGCAUCUUUAUUCCCGUCCUGUUCCAUCUGCUGAACCCUUCCACGAGUGAUCUGGCUCCAGGCCCGUUGCCUUCUCCAGGGCUUAACCGCUUGGGAGCCCUCCGCCGCCUGCAGCGCGCAGAAUUCUCAGUCUCCCAUCCUCAACGUUCACUCUCGGGGUGCCUGAGCGCUGCCCCGCUUCCCGGCCCCUCAUUCAGUCUCCAGCUCCUCCGCGUCCACUCCCCCCACAAACCCCAGGCUGUGAUGUGUGGCUCCACAGCUCCAGCCGUGCUGGCGACGGCUCCUGCCGCUUCACCGUGACGCUUUGUCGUCAUCUUUAUUUGAGCUCACUCUUUAACACAUCUUCCCUUCCUUUCUCUUUCCUCUUCUGCCCAGUCUCUAAAUGUUGAUGUUCCUGAGGGUUUGCUCCUGGGCCUCUGGGGGCCACGAAGGAGCCCUGCUCAGUUAUCGCAAAGGCCGUGCUCUUCCUAGGUGUAACCAGGCACGGUGGGGAUACUGGGGCUGUGCCAGUUCUGCCCAACACGGGCCCCUCUAACGGGCAGUCCUUGCUCUGGAGCUCUUCGGCCUGGCCAAGGCUUUUUCUCCAAGGUCUGCUGCCGUCUCGGCCUCUUGCCCAAACCUCCCUUGGCCCUCUCUGCGGGUGUCAACUCUGCAUCAAAAUCUGAAGGCUCUUCCUGCCUCCUGCUUCCUCCCCUUUAUUCAACACAGGUGUUCCCCCUGAGGAGGGGGGGGAGACCUGCCCUGACAUCAGAUGCUGACCCAGCACUGCUUGGCCAUGGUAUUCUCCUGUGGGACAGGAGCAGUCUCAGGGUACCAGCCUCGCAGACAAAGCUGCUCUGAGGCCAUGAUAAAGCGAGAUGGACCAAAACCACUGCACAGCUUUGUCUAAGCACAGGAAAGAAAACAAGGUCACUGUGCCACCCCCCAAAUACCAGACAUUCUCCUGGCUAAAAAAUAAUUGACUACUUUUUUUUUUAACCAUUUACAGCUUUAUUUCUGAUCUGCCUCCCUAUAGAUAAGAUUUAUUAAGAUACUCAGUCAUAGAGUUGCCCCUACUUUCUGACAGCACCCAAUCUAGAAAGAAUCCCUGCUUCUUUAGACCCUCCUUGAAAUCACCCAACCAAUGCCAAAAUCUUACAGUAGGUUCUUUCUAACACCCUCCUAAUGAGAAUCCCCACCAAUCUUUUUUUUUAAUAAAUUUAUUCAUUUAUUUAUUGGCUGCAUUGCGUCUUCGUUGCUGCACACGGGCUUUCUCUAGUUGCGGUGAGCAGGGGCUACUCUUCAUUGUGGUGCGUGGGCUCCUCAUUGCAGUGGCUUCUCUUGUGGAGCACGGGCUCUAGGCGCAUAGGCUUCAGUAGUUGUGGCACACAGGCUCCGUAGUUGUGGCUCACGGGCCCUAGAGCACAGGCUCAGUAGUUGUGGCACACGGGCUUAGUUGCCCCACGGCUUGUGGGGUCUUCCUGGAGCAGGGAUCGAACCCGCGUGCCCUGCACUGGCAGGCAGAUUCGUAACCGCUGCGCCACCAGGGAAGCCCCUCCACCAUUCUUCAUAACGGACAUCUCCCUGUGUCUAACAAGUAAUAAACCCAGCUCAGCUAUAGGUGGGUUUCUCGUGGUCUGUGCCUCCUGCUGUCUCGAGGUAUGCCUCCUGGAGGGCCCGACUGACACGCUGCUAUGGACGUGGUCUGAGAGAGCGGGCAGGAGGGUGGGGUUGGGGCUGGCUCCCUCACUGUCCAACUGGCAAGGAAGGCCCAUCCUGAGUGGUAUGUGAGGUAGUCAGCGGCACAGGAGGGUGGCCCAGUUAUUGAAGAUUCCACCAGUGGUGCCCUGGGCAGUGUCCCAUGGGAGGGAACUUUGUCCGUGCACGGAUUCAAACAUUUGGAAGGUAAGGGGGAAUGUUGCAAGUAAGAAUGGUGGAGUUGGCCGGUUAUCACUAUACUGUCUCAACUCUCAGCAAAGGGACAAAGACAAAAUAACUUUAAUGCUCAAAGGUGACUAUGAGUGCCUGGGGCAUCUUUGGUUAUCUCCUGCUGGGGGAGAACAGACAGCUGAGGAGCGAGUAGGAGGUAUCAAAUCAAAGUCAAUAUUGCAUCUUGGGGAUGAUGGUGGAGACUAGUGCUAUUCUGAGAAAUCUAAAGGAUGCUAGGAAGCUGGUCCCUAGCACAGCUCCAUUUACUUCCCCAGCCUUGCCCUUGCAGAAUCCAGAUAGAGGCUAGAGAGUGAGUAUAUACCAAGUAGCCUCAGUUGCAACUGCUGUGUUGGAUGUUGUACUGAUACUAGAGCAGUAAUAAGGGCUCAGGUAUGCAGUGCACACCUGCUGAUUGGGAGAGUUCAUUCUUUCCUCCCCAAUUUGCAGCAAUGUUCCUUUGCAGUUUUGCUCCAGGAAUGUGUUAAUUCCUCUCCUCUGUCAUAACAUAUAUGCCUAAAGAGAUUUAUCGUCAAAUCCUAUUGUUUCUACCUCCUGAAUCAGUUUUGAAUCAGUUCAUUUCUCUUCAUGUCUGCUGUCACCUCCAAGCCGUACUCAUCAUCUCUAGACCACUCUGCUCUUGAGAGAUGGCUGGAACCAGAUUAUGCAAAAGAAAACAAUGUUUUAUCUCUCAAAUUUCCAUGUCAAUAUUAUCUAGGGUGCAGAGAGGUAGAAUUUCAUUCACUGCUGGUGAAGGUGUAAAUUGCUAGAAACUUUCUGGGAAUUUGGUAAUGUCACACAAAAAGCCUAGGCAUAUCCUUUGAUGCUUUACUUCGAUAAGGAAUACAUCCUAAAGACAAAAUGAUAGAAGCGUGCCAAGAUUUACUUAAAGAUAUGAUUAUUUGUGUAUAAUGUAGAAAUUUAACAUGAUCUUUCACUUAUAUGCAACAAGAAAGGAGUCAAAACAGAUGUGGGGUCUCAGUAAAAUUCUAUCCCUGCAGCAUGUGUUAUGCGGAGUUUCAAGACAGUAGGAUAAAGCGCAGCCUCCUUUGUUAGUCAUCAGGAGUCGCACAGCGGUGGGAAACUAUCUCAACCAACAGAAGUAGAACUGCCUGUAUGCAGCCUUUAAAACACAAAACACAAACAUUGUCCUCCAGUGCUCACCCUAAGCAGGAAACAAAACUAAAAAAUACUUGAUACUGAAAAAUAACAUGGCAUGUUACAUGGACGGUAACAAGUAUUUGCAUUUAAAAAAUUGUCAUUGGGCCACGUGUUUUGAUUACGUAGUAAAUUUACUUUUAAACUGUGAGUCUGAGUUGUAUUUCUCUCAAAAUGACAUGUGUGUGAGCAGCUACGUUUUAUUGAAGAUGAUCUGGCUGAGGUUAAUGUGAACUUCCUAUUUCCAGGUUCAGCCUUCAUCUAAUUUCACCUUUCUUUGGAAAAUCAAUACAAGUCACACCCAUUUUUAUUGCUCACU